AUGUCGAACCAAGGUGCAAGUGCAAAAAAUCUAGAAUUAAAAAAAAGCAAUAGUCUGGAGAAAUGCCUGAUUCCCUACGGAGUCUUGGAAACGAGACGUGACACGGAGCGCCGCUUGAUGGUGCUCGGUACCCUACAUCAAGUUUGGAGACAGUGGGUCAGGGAGGAAUCUCUGAGGAAGGGACUGUCUGUCCUUGAGGCUGAAUCUGUCGGAGGGAAUGUAUUUCCCUUUGGAUCUUAUAGAUUAGGGGUCCACUUUGGCGGACACAAUGCUGAUAUCGACGCAGUGUGUGUAGCGCCACGCCAUAUUGAGAGAUCAGAUUUCUUCGGCUCAUUCUAUGAUAUGCUGCAGGGACACCCGAAGGUAACACAUUUGCGAACUACAGAAAACGACGGCGUCCCACUCAUCAGGUUGAAGUUCGAUGGAGUUAGGUUGAACUUGCCGUUCGCAAGGCUUGAUCUCUCAGCAGUACCAGAAUCGGUUGACCUCCGUGAUACAGCGACGAUGAAGAAUUUGGACCCGAUGUGCGAGCGUUCCCUACACGGAUGCAGAGUGACGGACGAGAUCUUGCGUCUUGUACCAAAUUUUAGGAAUUUUAGACUGACACUGCGCGCCAUUAAGCUAUGGGCGAAGCGACGUAGAGUGUACUCCAAAGUGAUGGGUUUCAUAGGCUUCGAGACGUUGGCUAUGCUGGUGGCGUACACGUGCCUACAGUAUCCUGACGCCCUCCCAGCCACGUUGGUGCAUACAUUCUUCCGCACAUUCAGCGAAUGGAAGUGGCCACAGCCAGUUGUGAUAAGUCCUCCGACAACUGAUUCACUCAGUCCCUUCAUUCAAGAUCCUACAACGGACUCUUUCAAAUUGGACCCCAGCAUAAUGCCAGUUUACCCAGAAUUCAACACGUGUGGCUCUACGAGGGCUGUUGUAAUGAAGGAAUUAAAACUUGGUUUGGCGAUAACAAACGACGUCUGGCAGGAUAAAUGUGAAUGGGAUGCUUUGUUUAAAGCUCCCAAGUUCUUCUCCUGCUACAAACAAUAUGUGGUAGUGGAUGUCUCCUCUGCUAGCCCCGACGACCAGUUUCUGUGCAGCGAAUUUGUUGAGACCAAAAUACGGUCUUUUAUAGAGACUCUCGAUAGCAUUCCGUACCUCACUGCUGUGCACGCGAACCCGACAUGUUACGACUCAGUACUCCAAAACACAAACAACGCUACAUGGUUCAUUGGACUGGCGUUUGACGAGGCAAGGCCGGACUUCAACCUAAGUCCUGAAAUCAGGAGAUUCUCAACGACCCUCAACUAUGAGGCGUUUCAACUCAACUUGUUACAGAAAGGAAUGCGUACUGAGGUUCGGCUUCUACAACGCCACGAGCUGCACCAGUACACGCCGACUGACUUCUGGCGAUACUCCAGCGUGCUGAACGAUAACUCCUCAAACCCGCCUGCGACACGUAAACGCCGCAAGAGGACCAAACGACGCUCACAGACGAGUCUCACUAAUGGAAAUUCUUGUAAAAAACAAAAAACAUCUGCCCCUGCUACUAUAAAAUUACAGAUCAAUAUUUCUAUACUGCCUUUACCUUCAACAGACCGGUCGUGAAAUGUUGUGUGUUAUAUAUUAUUACUAGCAAACCCGGCGAACUCCGUUUCGCCACCAAUGCUUUUCCCUGUUUUCUUGCUUUUCUAUAGAUUUAGUCCACUUUUUUAUUUUUUGCUAUAAACCUCACGGAACCUGACAGCUUUCCAAUGAAUGCAAAACCGUGGAAAUCGGUUCGUGCGUUCUUGAGUUAUAGCGUCAGGAAGGAGCGCCCGACUUAUUUUA